AUGCGACUUGGUCCACAAGUUUAUGUUGAUCCUUGUGAUGAUGAAACGAUACUUGGGAGGUAUAUAAAUGAUCCACGAAAUCGUUUAUUACAAAAUGUUGUAUUUGAUAAACGUCCUGAAGAACAAUGUGCUUAUGUUAUUGCUAAACGAGAUAUAGCUGCUGGCGAAGAAAUUUUUGCAGAUUAUGGACGAUGGUAUUGGUUAACAAAAACUCCUAAUCGAUUAGAAAAAUUACUCACGUGA